AUGCGUGCCUCUGGCGACUCGCGCGCGUACGGUGCGCUGUUUGCCGUGCUCGACGACGAGACCAUUCGCGCGUCGCUCUGUACGCUGCUUGCGCUCUUGACCGAGCGGCACCAUGUGCGCUCGUACCGCGUGCGAAAAGUACGCGCGCUGUACGCGGCCUCGGAACGCGACCAGGCACUCUACGCUUUGCUCGAUACUUAUGCAGCCUACUGCCCUGCACUGCUCCUGCCCGUCGAGCGCCCUGCUUCGCGUACGAGGAGAGGCGGAGAGGCCGUAGGGCAGAGCACGAUCCGGCUCGCCAACUGGGCCCGCACGCUUCCCCGUCUCGUCUUGCCUGACAUUGUACCGGGCCUGUGCAUCCACGUAGGCGACAGCGCGCAGUCGUGCGUGCCGCGCUUCAUGCACCUCGCGAUGGUCGCGGGCGUGGGGUGCAAGGACACGUCGCUGGACGACCGCGACGAGGCGAUUGGCUCGCGCAUCGCCGCCUCGUUGGGCCGCCUCUUGGCCGUGAAUCACGUCUACCGGCGCCGGCAGCAGAAACGGCAGCCAAACUCGCCGCAAAAGAGCAAGAAACUCGCACCGGGGGAUAUUCCCCUCUUUGAUCCCGUGGCGAGCGUGAUGCUCGACCAGGUCUAUGUGCGCUGUGCCCAUCUCGGGCACGUCCCAAAAGCCCUGCUAUCGUUCCUGGAGCAUGUCGUGCACUCGAUCGGCGCGGAUGCCGUUGCCCACCUUCGCCAGGACGGCGAACCAUCGUGGAGGGCAUGGGAAGAGGCGUGGCGGCCGACUCUGGUCGCACUUGCACGUAUCCUUGCCCUCCUUCCUCCUGUGCCUUGGGAUGACGUAUUUGCGCCCUUGCUCCGGCCCUUGUCGCACCUCGCUGCGAUGGACGGCCUCUCGGACGAGUUCUCCGCGACAAUCGUCCAGGGACUCGUCCGCUUGUUGGUGCGCUGGACGCGCCUCGCGCCAGAGAAUGCAGUGGCGCGCCACGCGACCGAACGCUUCUUUCCGUGGCUGCUCGAGCUGGAAGAGGCACUGCUCAUGGACGGAAACCCGACGCUCCCGAUAUACCACGCGGCACUCGAGCUGCACACGGCCGCCAUCCCGCUGGGCGGCAAGGAGGCGACCAAUGCCCUGUACCCAUUUCCCUUUUUCUUGCUUGCGUCGCCUCCUGCUUUUGCUGGAUCGGUCGCGACGCUGGCCAAGCUGUUUGGCCUGGUCGCCGCACUGCGCCAUGGCGUGCAGCACGCCUCGUUGCCGGCGGCGCCUGUGAACGAGAUGAUCCUUGCGCUGGUCGACCUCGUAUGGAGCGGGCGCGCGUACGGCACGCUCCAGCAGCACGGCCUCAAGCUCGACGGCCAUCUCGCGAUCGAUCCACAGACGAUCCAUGCGUUCAAGGAGGCAUGCGACGCACGCCGGAUCGUGCCAUUUGUCUUGAUCGGCUCCCUGUCGCACAGCGCGCUCCUGGCGCCGCUCUUUGAGGUGUACUGCAACGAGGUGCUUCUUCCUUCGGCGACACACCCAUUUAUCCGCGCGCCGAUCACGCCGUCGGCCUUGCGCCCUGCACGCGAGCACGGCCUGCCGCCUCAGCUGCAGUACACCGGCAUCCGCGUCGCUUUCUUGCGCUGGCUCGCGGAUCGCGGAGCGCCGCAGCUGCUCGCCCUCGUCGAAACGACGGUGCCUUCGCUCAGCAAGGCCUCUUGA